AUGACGGGCGAAGCACCGGCGGCGGGCGCGCCUGACCUGCCGCCUGGCGCCGGCGGCGACUGCGAGCAGGGCCUAGCAACAGAAAGGGGCGCGACGGAUGGGGCGCCCCACCUCCGCAUCGAGUUCAUCAGCGAGGCGCACACACGCCGUGUUCUGUUCUUCCAGGGGGUGCUGGGCCUGGCGGCCUGGGGCCUGCUCAUCUGGGAGGUCGUGGUGCAGUACUGCCCCGAGAGCAGCUCCCUGAUGCACGGCGUGCAGCUGGAGGCGGUAAACCUCACCGUGGCCAGCCUGUGCCUGGCGCUGCUGGGCGGCGUGGGCGCCUGGUUCGGCGCGAGCCUGGCGCGCGGCGCGCGGCGGGGAUGGGGCAAGGGCUGGGGCCCGCGCCGCAAGUACCUGGUGGCCAUGACCAGCCUGGAGGUCCUGCUGGAGCUGGUCAACCUGGCGUCCUACCUGGCGGUCAACAUCUACAGCUACCAGACCGAGUGCGGCUGGUUUGACACCGCCGUGGAUCUGCUCAACCUUGUGGCCUUCACAGCUUGGAACAUACUGUUCUUCCUGCACAUCAGCCGUGCCCUCAUCCUGCUCCCCGCCGGCUCCUGGCAGCGCCUGGCCCGACGCCUGCGCCGCUGGCGGACAGCUCAGCAGGGCCGCUGCUGCUGCCGAGCCGCCGGCGGCAGCGACACCAAGGCAGGCCUGCGCACAAAGCGGCAGAGCAGUGUCUCGGGGCGGCUGCGCGGCCGCUCUGCCAUCGGCUCCAGCCCAAUCACACUAGACGGUCCAGGCAAGCUGGCGGGAGCAGCGCCGCGCCAGCCCGCAUCUGCCCUGCCGCUACCCAGGGAGGAUGCCCGCAUGGCGCUGCGGGUACACCUGGCCGCCUUCUGCGCGCUGUGGGUGCCCCUUCAGGCCUUUAUCGUCGCCGCUGUCCUGAAAAGCAUGGACGUAUAUGGAGCCAACAUUCUCUACGUCUGCCCCAGCGGCAGCACUGACGGCGCGUGUGCGCAGCCGCUGUCGCCGGAUGAGAUGCGUGCCCUGCAGCCCGACAGCGACUGCAGGCACUGGACCUGGGUCUGCAGCUUGAGCGGUGCCUACCUUGCGUCCCUGGUGGCCGCGGUCGGCCUCAUGCUGCUGCCCCCGCUGACCUUCCUGGCCAUCAUGCUGCUGGUACGUGCGGAGUACCGCCGGCUGCCCUACACGCCGUACAGGGUGGUGAAUGUGAUGGCCCGCCUGACGCUGCGCACGCGUGUCGCCGCCUCGCUAUUCUUCCUGACCUGCCUCAUCUUCGCCUUCUACCUAAACCUCAACAGCUGCACCGCCACCAUGCUGCUGUGGCUGGGCCUGGGGCCCAUGCACAUCAGCAUGACUGCUCUGCUGGCGGCGGAAGCCUUCCUGUACAGCCCCUCCCCGCCCCAGCGCUGCGCCCUCAAGCUGCACGCCUCGCUGCAGCGGUUUGCGUGGACCGAGGCCGACGCCCCGGGCGUGGUGGCACGGCGGGGGCACCCAGACGAGCCCCUGUUCUGCCUGGAGACCGCCCUCAAGGCCAGCUACUUGUGCCUCCACUCCUACCGACACUUCCGGCCCGGCAGCACGCUGACGUCGCUGCGUACCGCCAUGGAGCUGUACCGCUGCCGCCACUACGAGUGGCUGCGGGAGCCGGCCCUGGUUGUGAACUGCCUGUUGUGCUGGGGCCCAGACGCGCUGGUGGUCGCCUUCAGGGGCACACAGUCGAUGGCCAAUGUGCGGGCAGACGCGCAGUUCUGGCGCUCGUCGCACCCUCCCCAGCGCGGCGUGCUGCUGCUGGGCACCCGGCCGCUGGUCCAUGCCGGCUUCAUGGCUGCCUGGGCAGGCCACGGCCUGGACGCACAAGUGCUACAGCGUGUGAGGGAGGUGCUGGAAGGGCGGCGCCACGCGGCGAUGUCCAGCUGCGUCUGCACAGUGGCGCGCUGCUGCGGCGGGCGGCACGACGGCGCGGAGGAGGCGGAGCUUGCGUCUGCGGCAUCUGCUGCUGCCGCAGUGGAGAUGACUGGCUACGGCGAGGGCGGCGGCGUGGAGGGAGAGGAGGAGGAGAACGAGGGGGAAGAGGAGGAGGCGGAGGGAUGGCUCAGUGCGGAGGAUGAGGCAGCUGCCGCCCGCGCGGUGGCAGCCGCGGCGGCGGCGGCGGGAGCCGCGGCCGCUGCACGCGGCAGCGAGGGAGAGGCAGCUUCCCCCUCUCAUUACAUGCCAGCCGGCGACAGCGACAGCACGCCUCCCGAGGCCCCCUCGGGCGGCCAUGGCGUAGCGCCGCCGCCUGCCCCCAAGGCAGCGCCUGCAGCAGGGUGGCCAGGCGUAGAGCAGCCGCCGCCCGAUGGCGGCUGCUCCCCUGGGGGCGACUCCCCUGGGGGCAGCAGCAAUGGCGGCAGCGAUGGCGGCAGCCCCAGCAGCAGGCGGCGGCAGCAGCAGCAGCCCUUCAGGCUGCUCGUCACGGGGCACUCCCUGGGGGGUGCUGUGGCCACGCUGUGUGCCCUAGACUUGGCCCGCCACCUGCCGCUGUGGGGUUUCACCACAGUGGUGGCACCCUCCAGCCCAGCAGGCUGCAGCGCCGCGGUGGUGGCCGCACCGUCAGGCGCGCCAGCCGCAUCAGCAGCGGCGGCGGGGAGCGGGAGCUGCUCAGCUCAGCCAGAACCUGGCGGGUCCAGCAGCGCUGCAGACACUGCGGCGUACGGCGGCGGCAAGGCGGCUGAGCCACGGCCGCAGCGGCGGCCGGUGGCGGUGAGCUGCUACAGCUUUGGCGGGCCGCGCACCGGCAACCACGCGCUCGCCCGGGAGUACUGGCGUGCCGUGCCGGACAGCUGGGCGGUCAUCAACGGCCAAGACCUGGUGGCCAGGUCUCCCAAGUUUCUGGUCUUCUUCAAGCGCUGCGGCCGCGUGGCCAUUGUGGACGGCCGCGGCGACCUGAUAGUCAACCCCAGUGAGCAGCAGCAGGCCUGCCAUGCCUCUGGCGGCCCUGGGCGGCGCCCCAUGUGGAUUGUGUGCCACAGCUUCCUGGAGAGCCACGUGCAGCGCUCCUACCAUGCCAGCCUCGCCCAGCACCAGCUGGUGUCCUACAACCGCUCCUUUGCAGCCAUCCUGCGGGGGCAGCGCGGCGGCAAGGGGCUCAGCGGCGGCGCAGAGGCGGUGACGCUGCUGGCGGCCAACCCUGCUGUGCGCGAGCUGCUGCUCAAGCCGCUGGCCAUGCAGCCGGCAUCCCUGCGCUGUCACUUGAGUGUCGGCGCAGCAGGAGGCGGCCAGGGUGCGCGGGAAGCACCGCCAUGGGCGGCAGCGGCUGGCGAGGCGCCCCAAGUGAUCGUGGUGGGCUCGGCGGCAGCAGGGAGAGAUGCAGAAGCGGGCCGGAGCGGCGCUGAUGGGCCACCUGGAGAGGCAGAGCCGUAG